AUGGCCGACUCUUCAUCGCACAGACUAGACCUCAGGGUCGGUGGAAAGUACAGGCUGGGGAAGAAGAUCGGUUCGGGCUCCUUCGGUGAUAUCUACCUCGGAAUCAACAUCAUUUCCGGGGAGGAAGUCGCCAUCAAGCUCGAGUCGGUCAAGGCCAAGCACCCUCAGCUCGAGUAUGAGUCCAAGGUCUACAAGACCCUGGCCGGUGGCGUUGGUGUCCCCUUCGUCCGAUGGUUCGGCACGGAGUGUGACUACAACGCGAUGGUCAUCGACCUCCUCGGUCCUUCUCUCGAGGAUCUUUUCAACUUCUGCAACCGCAAGUUCAGCCUGAAGACGGUACUCUUGUUGGCUGAUCAACUGAUCUCCCGUAUCGAGUACAUCCACUCACGCAACUUCAUUCACCGUGACAUCAAGCCCGACAACUUCCUCAUGGGCAUUGGCAAGCGUGGCAACCAGGUCAACGUCAUCGACUUUGGUCUGGCGAAGAAGUACAGGGACCCGAAGACGCACCUGCACAUCCCGUACAGGGAGAACAAGAACCUGACGGGCACGGCCCGCUACACGUCCAUUAACACCCACUUGGGUGUCGAGCAGGCCCGCCGUGAUGACCUCGAGUCCCUUGCCUACGUCCUCAUGUAUUUCCUUCGCGGCUCGCUUCCGUGGCAGGGCCUGAAGGCCGCCACCAAGAAGCAGAAGUACGACCGUAUCAUGGAGAAGAAGAUGACGACUCCCACGGACCUGCUGUGCCGUGGCUUCCCCAACGAGUUCGGCAUUUUCUUGAACUACACUCGUGCCCUCCGCUUCGACGACAAGCCCGACUACUCGUACCUCCGCAAGCUCUUCCGCGACCUCUUCGUCCGCGAGGGCUACCAGUACGAUUACGUCUUCGACUGGUCCGUGCACCGCAGCCAGGACGAGGCCAGCGGCAGCACGAGCGCUAAGGCAGGCGGCAGGCGCAAGGUGGUUCAGGAGGAGGAGGAACCCCGCAUGCCGGACCGGAUGUAA